UUUUUUUUUUUUUGAAAACACAUAAAACUUAAGCUUUUAACAAAAUAUUAUACUAAAACUUCUUAAUCCGACGAAACCGUAUCUCACCAAAAAUAAGUUUUUAAACUAGCUAUAUAUGUUGAAAAUAAAAAAGAUGAAGUAAAACUUUGAGGCGAGUUAAUUCAUUUUUGGAAGUUUUUGGAGAUCUACAAUGUAUAUCUUAUUGAAAAAAAAAAUCAAAAUAAAUGAUUAGUAAAUUAUAAGGAAAUCUAGAAAUAUAUAGCUAUAGAUUUAAAAAUAUAACUAUUUGUUUCUACAUAUCCUUGUAAUUUACUAGUCAUUUAUUUUUGAGUUUUUUUUUCCCAAUAAGAUAUAUACAUUGUAAUUGGCUAUGAGUGGAGAUGCUCAUAUCUUAUAUACAUCACUUAAGAUUCUACUCAACUUCAAAUGUAAGAUAUUGUUAUCCCUAAUAAAAUCAGCUCAGUUUUUCAUAUGUGUCUCAAUGUUUCUUGUGGUGGCUCGAGUUUGUUGAAAUCAAAAACAAUAUCAGGGGAUACGAUGUAGACAUGUUUCUGAAUCUAGUAAGUUAAUUUUUUUUGGAGAAUUCAGCAAUCCUCAAGAAACUGACUCUACAUUCAUGUUCCAAUGAUCGUGCGUACGAAUAUAUCUUCAUCAAGAAACUCCUGAGCAUCCCAAGACGAUCAGUCCAUUGUGAACUCGUAACGUGAUUGUUAAAUACUACAAAGAACAUGUGAAGCUUGUCUUUUGACAGGUUUAGUUAAUUGAUAUCUUGCCACACAAGACAUGCAGGUUUAGAGAAAGUUAGUUUAAAACUCACCAAUUCGAUCAAAUUGUAUUCGACCAAAAAGUAAGAGCUGAUCAUAGAUUUUAAAUUGGACCAUCUAUAUUCGGGCUUUAUUGGUUCGGGUCAGACAAAACCGAGCUGGUUCAAUUUAUACCUUUUUACUGGUCUUCUUAGAAACGUUUCCAUUCCAAAUUUCCAUCAAAACCCUAAACUCACAUUCUUUUUUAUCUUUGCACGUAUCCAUGUGGGAAGACGAGGAGGUUUGAUCAGCGGUGGUAAUUAAACUCCAUCCCAAUGCGUUAAUUCUUACGUAAUUUUCCUUGAUUUUAGUCAUCUUUAUAAAUCUCGAAAACCUAUAACCUAACAAGCUUUGCAAGUGAUUUUAGUUCUUCUGAUGUUUGGGCUUUUUCAUCUGAUUCAAUUGAGAUUUUGUAGAAACUUUUCUUUGGAACCGAAGCAGAUUUAGUUCUUCUGUGUUUGUAUUUUGUAUUUCAUUUGUUAAUUGAUUGGUUGUUUUUGUAACUUUCAACUUUUAUCUUUGUUAAAUUUGUUGAUACAGAUUAUAGUUGUGUGAAGAGAAGAGAAAUGGUGGGUAGAAAGAAGAAAACCAAAAUAUGCGACAAAGUGUCACAUGAAGAAGAUAGGUUAAGCCAGCUACCGGAACCUUUGAUAUCUGAAAUACUUUGUCAGCUUUCUACCAAAGAUGCUGUACGAACAAGCGUUUUAUCCACCAGAUGGAGAAAUCUUUGGCAAUCAGUUCCUGGAUUGGACUUAGACUCGGGUACAUUCUCAACUUUCGAUGCCUUUGUGAGUUUCGCUGACAGGUUUUUUUAUUCACACAAGGAGUCAUGGAUACGAAAACUCCGGGUUAAUAUUCACAACUCGUCUCAUAGCAAGUCUUUUCCCAUCCGAUGGAUUGAUGCUGUGAGCACACAUAGGAUUCAACAUCUCGAUGUUCAUUUUGCCUUUGGUCGGCCAGAGGAAUCACCAUCCCUGAAUAUAUAUGUCUGCCAGACACUGGUACAGUUACGACUUCGAGGGGCCACCUUGGCUAGUGCGGAGUUUGUUUCCUUACCUUGCCUAAAGAUCAUGCAAUUAGAAUAUAAUAGCUAUCCUAAUGAGGCCACUGUUGAGAAACUUGUCUCAGGCUCUCCAGUUCUGGAAUAUUUAACUAUCAUCACAUAUUUUGAUGGUCGUAGAAGGAUUUUUCAAGUGCGCUCUCAUACAGUAAAGAGAAUUCACAUAAAUGAGUGCACCCAAGUUGUGAUUGAUGCACCUCUACUCCAGUGUUUGAGGGCUACGGUCUCCAUACCAAAGAACUUUCAGUUCAUCAACUCGGCUUUCUCUGGCAGACUAGAUAUUGAUAUCUCCAUUAAUGGUACGAGAUGGGAAAGCGUGAUUUGCGAUAUACUCACCAAUAUUUCGAGGGUCAGGGAUCUAGUUAUUAGUAGGCGUACUUGGAAGGAAAUCUUUGAAUACUCGAAAUCGGGACCGGUGCCUAAAGAACAUUGUGGAAUCUUUCAGUUUCGUAACCUAUCCCAUUUGAAUGCUAGAUUUUAUAUAUCUGAUCUUGAAACGUUGCCAACCCUGCUUGAGAGCUGCCCGAAACUAGAAUCUCUCAUAUUGGAAUUGGUUAAGGACCGAUACAUGAUUGGUAAGAAGAAGAAAGAACCAAAGGUGAUGUUUUCAAAAGUGCCUCAGUGUUUGGUAUCAUCGCUCAAGUUUGUGCAAUGGAAACGUUUGAUCUCGAGGUAUGAAGGAGAAAUAGAGCUAGUAAGAUACUUCUUGAAGAAUUCAAAAAUCCUGGAGAAGUUUAGGCUUGAUACUUACUAUACCGAAAAAUCCAAGUGUACCUUCCUUCAAGAACUCCUUACGAUGCCAAGAUGCUCUAGCGUUUGUGAAAUCCAUUCUUCUUUAAUUCCUAAAACUAAAUAUGGUUGAACAUUUCGUUUGGGCUAGGUUAAUAUUUUGGUCGUUAAAUUGGUUGAUUUUAGGAGCCUAUAUUAGGCUUUGAGCCAUAAAUAAAAUAUUGGGAUAUGAUGCAGAAUGAAGCUAGUAGUACUUUCUGGAGAGUUGAGCAAUCCUCAAGAAACUGACUAUAUGUUUUGAAUUAUUGUGCAAAUCAAGAUUAGAGAGAGAACCAUGUGCACCUUAAGCUCUUGGCUCUUGCCACACAAGAAAUGGUUGUGUAUGUUUUCAAAACCAGCAUCUCAGGACAUGCUGCAGAACUGAAGCUAGUAAUGUUCUUACUAAAGAAUUCAACAAUCCUCAAGAAACUGACUGUACGUUUAAUUUAUUACUGGACAGAUGAAAAGCGCAUCGUAAAGACUCUGGUAGAACUCCCAAGACGGUCUACCAAUUGCAAAGUCGUCAUAUAUUGAUAUGUAAAAGAUUAGAGAGAGAACAUGUGAAGCUUAAGCGCUUACAAGAAAUGCAGGUGUAGCUUUUUGUUUGUUUCUUUUGGAGUAAAUUAAGAUGAAAACUGUAAAACCAUGUUUGCAAGAAUCGUCUUAUCUGUUUGGUGUGGUUUUGGGCAGUGAAACUAUUAAAGACUAUUAAUGUUGGUAAUCCACUCUCUUUUGGCUGAUGAAAAUA